UAGAGUUCCACUCUAUUGGAAUUGACGCACUCGGAAUUUCACGGUUACGAUGGCGCGUACCAAGCAGACCGCUCGCAAAUCGACAGGAGGAAAGGCACCUCGUAAACAGCUGGCCACGAAAGCUGCAAGGAAAAGUGCUCCAGCUACCGGUGGCGUGAAGAAACCCCAUCGUUACAGGCCUGGCACUGUAGCCCUUCGUGAAAUUCGUCGUUAUCAGAAAAGUACGGAGUUAUUAAUCCGUAAAUUGCCAUUCCAACGACUUGUUCGUGAGAUUGCUCAGGACUUCAAGACGGAUCUUCGCUUCCAGAGUUCUGCUGUAAUGGCUCUUCAAGAAGCUAGCGAGGCAUAUCUUGUCGGUCUUUUCGAAGAUACGAACUUGUGUGCUAUUCAUGCUAAGCGAGUUACCAUCAUGCCUAAAGAUAUUCAACUGGCACGUCGUAUCCGUGGCGAGCGAGCUUAAUUAAGCACGAUAAAUUGUAAAAAAAUAUUUAAU